AUGAUGCUAUGGCUUGUUCUUCUACUACCUAUACUAAGUGUAACUAGUCGAUCAAUUAGUAUUGAUCAUCAUUUACAGUCAAAUACAAUAGCAGAUCGUAUUAUUGAAUUAGUUACUCAAGGUGAAUUUCGUGGUGUAACUUAUAAUCGUCUAGCUGCCUUAGUUGAUACAAUAGGGCCUCGUCUAUGUGGAAAUGAAUCAUUAACCAAUGCUGUUAAUUGGGUACAAAAUGCUAUGAUCAAUGAAGGUCUUGAUAAUGUUCAUACCGAACAAGUUAAAAUACCACAUUGGGUACGUGGUGAAGAACAUGCUCGAUUAAUUCAACCUCGUAAUACAAAAUUAUCCAUGCUUGGUUUAGGUAAUUCAGUUGGGACUGGACCCAAUGGAAUCCAAGCACCUGUACUUGUUGUUCGAUCGUUCGAUGAAUUAAAUGCAAGAUGUGGUGAAGCACAAAAUAAAAUUGUUGUUUUUAAUCCUCAAUGUGAUUGGCAAGCACAACCUAUCGGUUGCUAUGGUCCUGUUGUAGGUUAUCGUGUUGGUGGAGCAUCACAUGCUGCUAAAUGUGGAGCAUUAGCAUCGCUUAGUCGAUCAGCUGCAUCACGCUCCAUUGAUUCACCACAUACAGGUGUUAUGGAAUAUGAUUUAACAUAUCCGAAAAUUCCAGCAGCAUCACUUUCAGUUGAACAUGCCGAUAUGCUUGAUCGUUUUCAACAACGAAAUCAAUCUAUGGAAAUUUUUCUCUAUAUGGAAGCACAAACAUUACCUGAUGUUGUUGGUUACAAUCUUGUAGCUGAAGUUAAAGGUUCAACAUUGCCCAAUGAAACUGUUCUUGUAAGUGGACAUUUAGAUAGUUGGGAUGUAGGCCAAGGAGCUAUGGAUGAUGGGGGUGGUGCUGCGAUUUCAUGGACUGUUCUUUCGCUAAUUCAUGCAUUGAAUAUUCGCGCUAAACGAACAAUACGUUGUGUUCUAUGGUCAUGUGAAGAAUUCGGUGGCAUUGGUGGUGAUCAAUAUUUUACUGCACAUCAAAAUGAAGUACCAAACAUGAGUAUUGUCAUGGAAUCAGAUCUUGGUGUUUUUCAUCCUCAAGGUCUUCAAUUUCAAGGCAGACCUGAAGCACAACAAAUUGUAACAACUAUAUCUAAACUAUUGACAUCAAUCAAUGCAACACAAGUGGUGUCAGGAGGUGGUGGGGAAGAUAUUAGCAAAUGGAUGCAACACGGAGUUCCCGGUGCAUCACUUUUGAAUGAUAAUUGGGAUUAUUUUGCAUAUCAUCAUUCGAGAGGUGAUACAAUGAAUGUACUUAAUUCAACAGAUGUUGAUUUAGCAGCCGCUGUUUGGGCUGUGUAUGCUUUUUCUAUUGCUGAUCUUGAUUCAAUUUUACCACGUUAG